AUGGACUCGGAUGGGCCAGCACCACCAAAGAAGGAAAGACCGCCAUUAAAUACUUCAGACCCAGAAAAAAUUGGAGAAGCACUAAAAACAGAUUUAGAUUUUAUAUCAACAUCGCAUAAUUUAAGCACACAACGUAGAGAAGCUGCAGAUAGAGAGAUACAAGAUACAAUAUCAUCAGCAAAAUAUACAUAUUUUAACGAUUUAGAAGCUGAAGCGCAAUUUAGCGAUCUGUCCUUUUCAGAUGACUUCGAAUCAUCUUCAAAAUCUAAAACAAAUAAAUACGGAAUAUCAGAUGCACUCGAAUCCGAACUUAUGACCUGUGGAGUACAAAAAGUUGGAAAAGGAGAUUCGUCAUGCAUCGUAAGAAAAUCACAGUCAGCUAAAAUCGAUUCAUCUAGCAAAAAUUACGACUUUGAUAAUUCAUCUUCGAAAAUCUCAAAAAUUUCGACACUGAAAACAACAGAUAAAUCAACAAAGACAGAUAAAAAUACAGAUACUAUAUCAACAAUGGCCGAUAUUUCAUCAUUCCAUGAUACAAUGACAUCAGAUUUUCAAAUUAGAAUCAACACAAGGAAAAAACAAAAACAGAUUACAGAUAAAAUUAGCCCUAAUAAAAGGAAAUCGUUACUAUUACAGAUACUCUUCAAUCAACCAUAG